GGAGGCGUUUCAAUCGAAAAAAGUGUUCACAUUGCAGUAUUUAUUGUGAACAGUUUUUUUAAUUUAUUUAUUAAAUUUUUACAAGAAAAAAAUUGAAAAAUAUUAGUAUUAUAACAAUAAUAAUUUUAAUAAUGACAUCAAGUUCAAGUACCAAUACAGAAGUUAAACGAGGUUCAAGGUUGUGCAAAGUUAAUCCAAAAUACUUUUCCCUUCAUUGGAAAUCAUUGGAUUCUGGAGAAAGUGUUCCGGAUAAUUUAACAAAAUCCAAAUCUCAUGAAUUUACUUCUGAUAAUGCAACCGAAGACAAAAAAGCCAAUAGUUUCUUUAAAAAUAUUAGGAAGAAAUUAUCAAUUAAAAACUUCUACAAAUCAAAACGGAAGAGUAUCACUAUAGAAACUUCUCCAAUUUCUGAAGAAGGAACAAGUAAUAAUAAAAGAUCUUCAACAAAUGAUGAGAGACUUGAAAUCAGAGAUAUCGAUAACCCUGCAAAAAUUGAAACACGAACUUCCGUGAGAAGUGAAGAGUCAUUAAAUCCAAGUCAAAUAAACAGAAAUACUAAUAUUACACAAAAUACUGUUAACCAAUCUAGUUUGGAUGCAAAUUUAAAUGUAAAUAAUAGUGAAGAUAAUUUGGAUCCUGAGAAAAGAAUACAACUAAAUGAAAAUGACGGAAGAGAAGGUCAAUCAACCUUAUCGCAAGAAUUAUUAAAAUUAAGUAAAUAUGGAUGGUACUGGGGGCCUAUGUCAGGAGAUCAAGCUGAUGCUCUACUUCUUUCUGAACCUGAUGGAGCAUUUUUAAUUCGAGAUUCCUCUAGUGAUAGACAUUUGCUAACUCUAAGCUUCAAAUCUGCUGGCAAAUUACUUCAUGCAAGAGUAGAACAUAGUGGUGGUAUGUUCUCACUUUGUGACCAAGGAGAGUGUGGAAGAUUUUCAUCGGUUCCAGCUCUUGUUAAUCAUUCAAUGAAUUUUAGUAAGUACUCGGUCUUCUGCUAUUCGCGACCAAGAUAUCCAGGCCAUCCAGCAUUUCCAGUACGCUUGACAAAACCAGUGAGUCGGUUUAAUCAAGUUAGAAGUUUACAAUAUCUUUGUCGUUUCGUGAUAAGACAAAAUACUCGAAGAGAUAAUAUUCACAAACUUCCAUUACCAAAACCUAUCAAAGGAUAUGUUGAGGAAGAUUAUUAUUGAUGAGAUUGUUUUAUGAGAGGAUGAACCUACAUAGCAGCAAUUUAAAAAAUUCUAUAUGUAUAUAUAAAUAUUGAGUAUAUAUUUCGCUGUAUUUGCAUUUGCAAUAAGUAGAUAUAUAUAUAUACAUAUUUCGUGAUAUGUAUAUCGUGAUAAUGAUAAUCAGUAACGAAUCUAGUUUAAAACGAAGCUUAAUAGAUAAACGGUCGACAUCUCAUAACUAACAUUCUGCAUAAACAUUGUCAUUAAGGUCACACAUGGGAAAUAGUAUAAAAAAAUUCAUUAAAACUCAAAAAAGCUGAGAUUUUUCUUACGAUUCUCAUAUAAUUGCACAGUUUAAUAUAAACAUAACAAUUGUUCAUGUAAUCGACUUUCCGUAUAUCUAUUGAUCGAUUUACACUACUUUUUCCACGAAAAUACUUGUUAAUUAUAAACAUAUACAAAUCGUUACAAAGGCAUCGAAAGAUAUAUUUAUCAGUUGAUAUUACGUUGUCCGAAAAAAAUCUUAAUAAAUUUACGUACUAAAAUAGCAUUACUUUCUGCCGAAUUUGAAGACUGAAUUGUCGAUUCAUUAAAAUAAUUAUCGACAGGUGUUUGAGCUCAUGUUUACGAAAAUUAUAUUUUCAUAGUUUAUAACACAAAGAUCACAGUUAAUAAACUAGUUUGAUUCAAGACUUAUAACAAAGAUUUUUUUAUUAACAUAAUAGUGUUUUAUUAUAUAAGUUUUGAUAAAUUUUUUAAAUUUAGA